CGUCACUGCAAGUCACACCACUACCCUUGACUCUUGAUCCUUUCACAAAUGACGCUUCGUGAAGUCGAAUUUCCUUCGGAUCCUAAAGAUCUGGAACACAUUAAAGAACAAUUUUUGAUUUUCUACUCCUCGCGCAUGAACUGGGCAGCUAUGGAUUGUGUAGAAGUAGAUCAGACCAUCCAGGAUACCUUCGGUCCUGAAGACGGGCCAUCUGCGGUUAUUGUCUAUGUUGGCCAAAAGCACGAAUGGAAAACAUCCUCCAAUGUUUUCAGAGGCGAGCCUUGGCAAGUCACCUCAGUUCCCACAAUUAUUAAGGUUGAAGACUCCAAAGUAGCCGGUCGACUUGACUCCGAGAUCAACACACUUCUCGCGGCUUUCAUCCGAGGAUAGAGUGACUGGGCUUGACACUUUUUAAGUGCCAACGAUUGGACUUUUGGAUUCAAUGCUAGGUGUUGUGUAUUAGAAACUAACUGAAGGCCAGACUUUUGAAUAAAUCCUCCUCGUUAACUCA